ACUAUCAAUAUCAAUACUAUCAAUAUUUACCAACGAAAGCUGGAUACUAUAGGAGGAGGAGCCUCUUAAUAUGGAUAAAAUGCCCAUGUAUGCAUUAGAUAGAGGGAGAGAGAGAAGAAAGCUGAGAUUGAGGAAGGAUCGCACAGUGCCUGAGGUGCAGGGCAGAAAGUCGAAUGAUGCUGUUGGUGGUGGUUGUAAGUACCCAUACGUACAGUUAUAUAUGUACAGGUACAAGGAACCCAUACAAACCGACGACCAACGACCCCUCCUUCUAACAAACAAACAAUCUUCAGCCUUGUCAAUUACCGAAGGCUGCACGUGACAUUAUAUCGACAGAUUCUUACCUCUUGCAGAAAACAGUACCAGAAUCGGAAAGAGGGCUGCCAUAUAUACGCAGAUACGGUGUAUAUACAGGCAAAUAUCGAAUUCGAGAAUCAGGGCUCAUAUACUCCCCAGAUCUGACACGAGUAUACCGCAAACCGGUCCCGACAACACCCCCCACCAAACCACCACCAUGCCCUCCUCCGACUCAGGCGACGACACCCACGACCUCUUCGCCGACCCCCCCGACUUCUACCCCCCCUCCCCCCCACCCACCACACUCUCCUACCCCACCCCCGCCGGCGACCUCACCCUCCGCCUCGUCGGGCACAACCCGCUCUGGGGCCACCACCUCUGGAACGGCGCGCGCGUCGUUUCCACCUACCUCGAGACCACGCCCUCUCUCGUCGCAGGGAAGACUGUUCUCGAGCUCGGUGCUGGGGCGGGGCUGCCUAGUCUUGUUGCUGGGAGGCUGGGCGCGAAAAGGGUGGUGGUGACGGAUUAUCCGGAUAAUAGCCUUAUUGAGAAUUUACGCUGGAAUAUCGAGCAUUGCGAGGGUGCUGGGGAGGUCGUGGCAGAGGGGUACCUUUGGGGUGCUGAUUCGAGCCCGUUGGUCGCGCAUCUGCCAGCGGAAGAAGGGGGGAAGUUCGAUAUCUUGAUCUUGGCGGAUUUACUGUUCAACCACAGCGAGCAUGCGAAGUUGAUAGCGAGUGUUGUGGAAAUGUUGAAGAGGGAUGGGAAGGCGCUGGUGUUUUUCACGCCGUAUAGACCGUGGUUGUUUGAGGCGGAUAUGGCGUUUUUUGAGGGGGCGAGGGGGGCGGGGUUGGUGGUGGAGAAGGUGUCGGAGGAGAAGAUGGAGAGGGUGAUGUUUGAGGAGGAUAGGGGGGAUGAGGAGGUUAGGAAGACGGUUUUUGGGUAUGUGUUGACGUGGCCGGAGGGGGGGAAGGCGGAGUGA